AUGCAGCGAAUACCAUUAUCCUUGCGGCGCGAAGGCGUCUUUCGCCAUGUCGCCGGCAACUCGCGCCGGAGAGGACUUGCGACACAUCAGUCAAUCUCCCCGCUCUUUGGAGUCGACUACGCAAGACAAGCUCAAAACCUCGAGACCGUGAAGCAAGGAACCAAACGCCCAUUGACCCUGACGGAGAAAUUACUCUACAGCCACCUCAUUAUAUCGGAUAAGAACGCGUGGGAUGUGGACCGAAUCGAGCGCGGACAAACCAUACUGGAGCUUCGCCCAGAUCGGGUGGCCUGUCACGACGCGACUGCGACCAUGGCCUUGCUGCAAUUCAUCAGCGCAGGACUGCCACGAGUCGCAGUACCCACGACGGUGCACAGCGACCAUUUGAUUAUCUCCGAAAAGGGCGCCGAAGAGGAUAUGCGGCGCGCUUUCGGGGAACAUGCCGAGGUAUACGAUUUUCUCAGUAGUGCUUCGCGCAAAUAUGGUAUUGGAUUUUGGAAGCCCGGCUCAGGAAUUAUACAUACAGUCAUUUUCGAAAACUAUGCGACACCCGGAGGACUCAUAAUCGGCACAGACUCACAUACCCCUAACGCGGGAGGCAUGGGCAUGAUGGGAAUCGGAGUCGGGGGUGCGGAUGCCGUCGAUGCGAUGUCGGGGAUGCCAUGGGAACUGGUCGCACCCAAAGUUGUCGGUGUCCGUCUGACCGGCCAGCUUCAGGGUUGGACAUCCACGAAAGAUAUAAUUUGCAAACUCGCUGGCCUCUUGACGGUAUCAGGAGGAAAAGGCCGUGUUAUAGAGUUCUUUGGCCCCGGAGCGCAAACGUUGGGCGCAACAGCCAUGGCGACGAUAUGCAACAUGUCUGCUGAAAUUGGGUCGACCUCUUGCAUAUUCCCCUACAGCGAUGCGAUGGGCCGCUACCUCAACGCCACGCGACGUGCGCACGUUGUCGAACGGGCAAAUGAGGUGAAGGCAUCGCUGCUGACCGCUGACGAAGGCGCGGAUGAAUACUACGACCAGGUCAUUGAAAUCGAACUGAACUCCUUGGAACCUCAUGUCAAUGGACCAUACACUCCCGACCUGGCGCAUCCGAUCUCAAAGCUGAGCACCGCUGUCGCCGGAGAGGAUUGGCCCAUUGAACUGAGCCACGCAAUGGUGGGAAGCUGCACAAACAGCUCAUACGAGGACCUGGAUAAAACACGACAGAUUGUGGCACAGGCGAAAGCAGCCGGAGUCGCCAAAUUCCCGACGCCAUUCAUGGUGACUCCCGGUAGUGAGCAGAUCCGUGCCACGGCGGAAGCGGAUGGCAUCCUCGAUGAAUUGCGAGACGCAGGAGCCGUUGUUCUUAGCAGCUCAUGUGGCCCUUGCGUAGGCUCCUGGGACCGAAAGGAUGUUGACGUGCGUGGCAAGGAGAAAAACUCGGUCAUCUCUAGCUUCAAUCGAAACUUUGUCGGACGCCAUGACAGCAAUCCGGCAACCCACUCGUUUGUCACAUCGCCAGAGCUGGUAACCGCCUUUGCUUAUGCUGGACGACUAGAUUUCAAUCCCUUGAAGGAUGCCGUCACUGUGAACGGGGACUUGAUGAAUGCAUUCAGAUUCAGCCCUCCUGUCAGCCAGGAACUUCCUUCCCAUUUCAAAAGCGGACAGGAUACCUUCCAAGAGCCCUCCGUAGACGGUACGGAUCUCUCGGUUGUGGUUCGGCCAGAUUCUGACCGACUGCAGCUCUUGAAACCAUUCACAGCCUGGCAGCCAGGAUGCGCCGAUAAUAUGGAGCUUUUGAUCAAGGUCAAGGGCAAGUGCACAACUGACCACAUCUCUCCAGCCGGUCCAUGGUACAAGUACCGCGGCCACCUUGAGAACAUCAGUAACAACAUGCUCACAACUGCGACAAAUGCAUUCCUCCAGGUCGACGAUCCGGGCAUGCUGGGACACACACGCCACCCUCUCACCUCGAGUCUGCAGGUUGUCCCAGAGGUGGCCCGCGACCUCAAGCAAAGAAAUGUGCGGUGGUGCAUCGUCGGCGACCAUAACUACGGCGAGGGGAGCUCACGCGAACACGCAGCCCUUGAGCCUAGAUAUCUUGGUGGCGUUGCGGUCAUUGCCCGGUCGUUUGCCCGAAUCCACGAAACAAAUCUCAAGAAGCAAGGUAUGCUUCCGCUGACGUUUGCGGAUGCUGCAACAUAUGAUCGCAUUGCAGAGGGAGACCGCAUUACGCUGGUGGGAGUGGAGGACGGAGAAUUCCGGCCUGGCUCGCAGGUGACGAUGCGAGUCCAGCCCCUACAGGGUGAUCCCUGGGAGGCCCAGUUGAACCACAGCUACCACGCUGGCCAGAUUCCGUGGCUCCGCGCAGGAAGCGCCCUCAACCACAUCAAAGCCACCGUGUUGGCCCAAUAG